AUGUCCUUUGCCGCCUUACAAUAUAAAGGUGUCGACGCAAUCGUGGGACAUGUACGUGGUUUAGUGAAGCAACUGUGUAAGACACUGUACAACAACGAUGUAAGGGCUAGUUCUCUACUUUACAAACUCGUCGUGAACGUCGAAAAUAAGGAACAGAAAGAUUUGCAGCACAUAAAUACUUUGUCAGAUGUGGCCGUAUGUACUAGCAGUAGUAUUACUCGUAGAACAAUGUUUGCGCUGUUGUUUGAUUCCUGCAUACUGAUCAGCAACCUAAAACCAAUAUUGGUGAUACAAGCACUCGAUGAUGCAAAGUCGCUAUAUGAAUCUAGUCCUACACGCGAAAGACCACAAACACCAACAGACGAAAACAACGACGAUCCAGUCACCCCGAUAUCUAAGUUUGGAACUCAUGAUGCUAUCAGGGCCCAGAUAGACAUGGAAGAUCUCCUUGAAGGCCAGAAGAUAUCCGAACGUGCCGUAUACAAGCCUGGGACCGGAUCUGCGAACUUCUUGUACGCUUUAAACUGGGUACAUAAUAUUUCGGAUAUGACAACUGGAUUUAGCGCGGGGCAACUGAGGAAUCCCCGAUAUUUGAAGGCUUGUUUAAAGGAUGUACCAUAUAUGCUGCGCAAAUAUGGCAAGGAGGUGAUGUGGAAGUCUUACGAGGAGCACUUUGGGCCGAAAACUCUCCGAGCACAUCUCUCUACAAGAGCACAACGAGCAAACGAUACACUAACACAGAGCACAGACAUCACACCACAACCUAUCCCAAUUACAUUUGGAGAUGAAACAUACACUAACACAGAGCACAGACAUCACACCACAACCUAUCCCAAUUACAUUUGGAGAUGA